AUGAGCACAAACAAUACACCAUCACCCUCUCCAGAUCGCCCUUCACAACAACCCGAUCGUGCUGACGGCUUUGACGACGAUUAUGUCUUUCCACGCCAUUACUUGCCAGAGGUCAUGCAAGACGAUAGCAAGACACCUCUUGUACUCGUAGCUUGUGGUUCAUUCUCACCCAUUACGUAUCUUCACUUAAGGAUGUUUGAAAUGGCACAAGAUCACUUCAAGGAGCGAAACGAAUAUGAACUGCUGGCAGGCUACUAUUCCCCUGUAUCCGAUGCCUACAUGAAAGAAGGUCUAGCCAAGGCAAAGCAUCGCGUCAAAAUGUGCACUCUUGCUGUCGAGACAACAUCCGACUGGCUCAUGGUCGAUUCUUGGGAACCACGACAAACCACCUAUCAACGUACCGCUGUCGUUUUGGAUCACUUUGAUCAUGAACUCAAUGUUGUCGGAGGAGGUAUCCGAACCAAGUCCGGCGAGCAACGCAAAAUAAGGAUCAUGCUUCUGGCAGGCGGUGACCUAAUUGCAUCAUUCGGCCAUCCUGGUGUAUGGGCUCCAAAGGAUUUACAUCACAUUGUGGGUCACUAUGGAUCUGUUAUUAUCGAAAGGACGGGCACAGACGUAUUUGGAUUCUUGUUAUCGCAUGAUAUCCUUUAUCAGCAUAGAAUGAAUGUCACAGUCAUCAAGCAGCUCAUUCACAAUGAUAUCAGCUCCACAAAGAUCAGACUUUUUGUCAAGCGGGGGAUGUCCAUCAAGUAUCUACUUCCCAAUCCUGUCAUCGAUUACAUUCACGAGCAUGGUUUAUAUCUCCCAUCACCACCAGCACCACCAUCAUCAUCAACAUCCACCGAUGAACCCGCUGCUUCAUGA